AAAGGGGGACAUAGAGAGAGAGAGAGAGAGAGAUCGGCGUCGCUUCGUUCCCCUCUUCGUCCCUACCAUUUCCUCCCCAGACCCAACGCAAAAACCCUAAUUCGCUCCCCCGAUUGCUUCCCCCCGAAUCUACCGUUCCCCUGCCCCCCUCUGCCUCUGCCGCCACCGCCGCCGCCGCCGCCGCCGCCCCUCGUCAACGUGAUUCGCCCCGUCCGCAGGUGGAUUACUGUGAGAAAUGUCUCCAGCAUCCAAAUCCAAAUCCAAGUCAGCUGCAAGGGCAGCAAAAGAACAAGCUAAGGUUUCUUCGAAAGCCUCAUCCGCUCCUCCCAUUGGUGUUACUGCUGCACCUACAAGUGCGUAUAAUCCAAUAUCCGGAACAUUCCACACCCUUGAUGUAACACCACCGGUCAUCUCGCUAAAUAAUAACAGCAGAUUCAGAAGUAUAGAUGAAAUAGAGGAUCAUUCUGGAAGCUCGCUUGGCACCACAGGGGAGUGUGAUUCGGCUUCCAACAAUGAUAGCUGCUCUGUCGAGUCAGAAGACCAUAAGGACAAGACAACGACGACAACAACCACAACAGCAGCGGCAACUAGUGUUCGGGUCGAAUCUGUUCCAGGGUGUGACACUGAUAAGCGCGACAAGAUCCGUCAGAAGAACGAGAAGAAACACCAGCGCCAAAAGGAGAGGCGGGCCCAGGAGUUGCACGAGCGCUGCAGCAGCUACCUCAUGUCGCGGAAACUUGAAGUGCUUUCUCAGCAGCUGGUGACCAUGGGCUUCUCCUCGGAGCAGGCGACCAUGGCUCUUAUACAGACCGAGGGGCGUGUGGAAGAUGCUAUUUCGUGGUUGUUUGACGGAGGAGAGGAGAGUAAGAAGCAGGUUGCUGCAAAUUUACAGUCUGGGUCUAAUUUGAAAAUCGAUAUUACUGAUGAGCUUGCCAAGAUUACAGAUUUGGAGUUGACAUUUAAGUGCACCAAGCAAGAGGUCGAGAGGGUUGUAGUUGCUUGCGAGGGUGAUUUGGAAAAAACCGAAGAGAACAUGAAAGCACAAAAGCAAGAAUCAGAGGCUAUGUCACUGCAAACAAAGCCAGAAGAAUCAGCUGAUCCUAAUAGCUUAAACAAGAAGGUGGUUAUGCCGGUUCCAAACCCAAGUGCUCAAGUGAAGGGUGUAACAGCAGCUCAAACGAAGGUUGGUGGUGCUGCGGUAUUAGCUAUUGCCACACAGCAACAUAAGAGAGAUGAAAGGGAUUUCAACUAUACAAAGUCUCCUGUAAAUGUAGUUGCUGUUCCUCAGGAACUAGCAAAUAAAAACUCGCAGGCUUUGAGAAGAGCACAGCUCAAGUCAGAUUGGGCAAGGCAGCAGCAAGCUGCAGCUGCUGCUGCCGCUGCCGCUGCCGCCGCUGCUCCCAUGGAGAAGAGGUGGUUGGGACCCACUUCUACACCGUCAUCGGCUUCAUCAUCUCCUUUGCCUGUUCCGGUAACCCAGGCAAAGAUGGCAAUCCACGAAAUGAAGUCCAACAAUACGCAACUUGGAACAGUAAGAGAGCCGGUCAUUGUAAUGCAACGUCCCCAGUCUACAAAUACCAGGCAGAGCCACCAGUCGGCAGGCCUCGGCAUUAGUGCCUCACCACCGCCCACUUCCGGUGGUUGGCAUUCAAACGGGUUGUUGGGUCUGGACAUGAAGAUGCCGAGCAUGAUGAUUCCGAACGGGGGCCUAGGGCACGGAUUGCCGAACCCCAGCUUGAAUGUUUUGGCCAAUGCCCAUCAAUAUGUCCCCCAGGGCCAUUUCAAAACAUCACAAAUUUCAUCAUCAUCUUCUUCUUCAUCGUCGCUCGGCACUCCCUCGUCGCUCGGGCUGUUCACCGGGUGGGGCCAUGGCGGGUCCUUGCCUUCGCCGACCCCUGUCGAUUGGAGCACCGGCGGGAUGAUGCGGUGCGAUUACACUUCCAUAGAUUGGAGCCUAGACACCACGCUACUAAAGCCGUCUAUGGAUUUCGAGGAUCUCUCGGAUACAUGGUCUACCAUGUUCAUGGGUGGUGGGAGGGUUGCGAACGGCAGCAGCGUCUACGGCGGCAGCAGCCUCGCGGCGGAUCCGUCGGCUGCGGCCGGCGGGCCCGGGUCUCACGAGUGGACCUCCCCGUUCUCGGCCCAGGAUCUGCUUAGGGCUUACAGGAAGUUUGUGACCUCCGCUUCCCUGUAGCAGGAAAAGGAGUGAUAAAGGGAAAAAAAAAAAAAGUUGAAAGAGAAAGAAAAUGGACAUGGCUCAUUUCCUUGUUUGUUGUUGUUACAUCUUCUGUUGAAAUGUCUCAUUGUCUUUGGGCUAAUAGUGAAUUUCGCGCUGGGGCCGCCUCGGAUUCUAUCCUGCAGAAUCAUAUGGUAGUGCGUUCUUUGUUA